AGAAAAGGAGGUACCAAGGCUGGUUCACUCGAGGCCCACUGGCAGCUGAAGUCCUGCACCCUGUUUCAGGAGAAUAUGAAAGUGUUACUCAGGCUUGUUUGUUUCAUAGCUCUCCUGACUUCUUCUCUGGAGGCUGGUGAAUGUGAGACACGAGAAGAAAAAAUGAUUUUAGUUUCUUCUGCAUAUGAAAUUGAUGUUCGUUCAUGUCCUCUUAACCCAAAUGAAAAAAAAGGCACUAUAAAUUGGUAUAAAAAUGACAGCAACACACCUAUAUCUACAGAAAGAGACUCCCGGGUUCAUCAGCACAAAGAUAAACUCUGGUUUGUCCCAGCUGAGGUGGAGGACUCAGGGCAGUACUACUGUGCAGUAAGAAAUUCAACUUAUUGCCUCAAGAUUAAAAUAACUGCAGAGUUCGUACAGCAUGAACCUGACUUGUGUUACAGUGCACACGCUGUGUUUACACAGAGACUGCCGGUCGCAGGGGAUGGGCAGCUCGUGUGCCCUUAUUUGGAUUAUUUUAAAGAUGAAAACAACAAGUUACCCAAAAUACAGUGGUAUAAGGAUUGCAAACCUCUGCUUCUUGACAACAUACACUUUAUUGGAGAAGCAAAUAAACUGAUCAUCAUGAAUGUGACGGAAGCGCACAGAGGGCACUACACUUGUCACGCGUGGCACACACACCUGGGAAAGCAGUACCCCAUCAGCCGCGCGGUACAGCUCAUAACCCUAGAGGAAAACAGACCCAUGAGGCCUGUGAUCGUGAGUCCGGUGAAUGAGACGAGGCCAGUGCUCCUGGGAUCCCAGAUCCAGUUGAUAUGCAAUGUCACUGGCCAGUUUACUGACUAUGUCUCCUGGAAGUGGAAUGGGUCAAUGAUCGAUGAUGAUCCAGUGCUGGUGGAAGAGUACAGUCUAGUGGAAAAUCCUUCAUCUAAAAAAAGGAGUACAAUCAUCUUAACGCUUAAUAUUUCAGAAGUGAAAAGUAAAUUUUAUCUAUAUCCAUUUAUCUGUGUAGUCAAGGAUUCUAAUGGUAUAAAUGCAGCAUACAUCCAAUUAAUACACCCAGUUCCCAGUUUCCAGAAGCACAUGAUUGGUAUAUUUGUCAUGUUAACAGUAAUAAUAACGAGCUCUGUUAUCAUCUAUAAAGUCUUCAAGGUUGAUAUAGUGCUUUGGUACAGGGAUUCUUGCUAUGAUUUUCUCCCCCAAAAAGUUUCAGAUGGAAAGACCUAUGAUGCAUAUAUACUGUAUCCAAAGGCCCUUGGGGAAGGGUCUACCUCUAACUCAGAUAUUUUUGUGUUCAAAGUCUUGCCUGAGGUCUUAGAAAAACAGUGUGGAUAUAAAUUGUUCAUUUAUGGAAGGGAUGACUACGUCGGGGAAGACUUCAUUGAGGUCACUAAUGAAAACAUAAAGAAAAGCAGAAGACUGAUUAUUAUUCUGGUCCGAGAAACGUCGGGGUUCAGCUGGCUGGAGAGCUCGUCUGAAGAGCAGAUCGUGAUGCACAACGCGCUCAUUCAGGACGGAAUCAAGGUUGUCCUGCUGGAGCUGGAGCAGAUCCAGGACUAUGAGAAAAUGCCCGAGUCCAUUAAGUUCAUCAAGCAGAAACAUGGGGCCAUACGCUGGUCGGGGGACUUCACGGAGGAGCGGUCACUGUCUGCAAAGACAAGGUUCUGGAAGAGGGUCAGGUACCACAUGCCGGUUCAGCAGCCCCCUUCAUCCCAGCACCAGUGGCUGUUUCUGGCCACUAGGCCAGGUUCCAAGGGGAAACUGCAAAGGGAGGUACACAUGCCUCUGGGGUAGCAGGGCAAAGCUUGUCCAAGAGUUCCUGGGGUGACUCCUGCCUUACGAGCUCAGGCCGCGCUGUGCCCCACCGUCUGUGCAGUCACGAUCCCUCCUCCCCAGGGGCACCUGCGAUCGCACUGCCAAGGGAGCAGGACGUGACAGCAGGGCCUGGCCAUUCAGAGCAGAGCAGUGGGAAGGACUUUAAAACGGUAGCAAAUCCCUCUGAACUGCUUCAGAAAAGGCACUGGGAGAGCACACAAGAAGAAAGAACAUUUAGAAAAUGUAAAUUACCUGGACACAGUCUUAUGAAGUCAUUGACAGUUCAAGGGGGAGGCUGUGGCCAAACUGGGGAUCACAGGGUCCCUUGAGUGGCCAGUGGAGUCUCAGAAAAAGCAGGAAUGUUGGAGAACUUUCCGUUUGUUUGCCUUGCAUGUUUGCCACGUAUCUGCGGCCAGCAGUCAGCUUCCAAAGACUGGGUUUCACUCUCCAGACCUUUGAAAGUGUCCUUUCGGUGAGCAGAGGAACUCUUCAGGGCCCCAAGGUUCUGAGUUAGCCUUGGCUUUCUGCUGGGAAGAGAAUUUCAAAAGCAAGAGCAGCAAAGAAGCUUUCCCCUGAUGACCAUUCUGCCCUGCCUUAUGCUUCUGCAUUCCACUCAGCUCAUUACUUCUUUGAAAGGACGGCUUCCAGGUCACUUCCUCCUGCACUGUCCCACACCGGCCUGCGGCUCAGCUGUCCCUGGUGAAACACCCCUCUCAUCUCAUCCCGCUCUUGCUAAAACGCCUCCGCUGGGCUCUCCUGCUUCCGCAGCUCCAGCCCAGGUCCUGCCCUGAGCAUUUCACUGACCCCCCAAACCCGAUCUGUCCAGCCAGCCAUCCCCUGGGUCCUGCUGUGUGAGUUCCCAGGUCUGCCCCGUGGUCGGGGACCUGCCCCCAGUCUCCCUCUCUCUGCCCUUCCUGUCUCCUCUGACCAGCUGAUCAGAAUUCAAAACUCACUCCCACUCUGUACCCCGAGACUGGGCUUCCCCCAGUGGGCCGGCCCGGCGAGCAGCCCCGCCGUCUGCGGACAGGCCGCGCUGUGGGUCAUCGCGGCGAUUUGACGAGGACGUGGGUUUGUGCAGGACUCCGUGUAGAUGGCCGCAGAUGCCGUG